GACCGAAUCAUCAAUUUAGUUGUUGGCAGCUUAACAUCCUUAUUGAUUCUAGUAACGCUGAUCAGUGCUUUUGUUUUCCCUCAACUACCUCCCAAACCGCUGAAUAUAUUUUUUGCUGUCUGCAUCUCUUUGAGUAGUAUUACUGCCUGCAUACUUAUCUACUGGUAUCGACAAGGAGACUUAGAACCGAAAUUUAGAAAUCUAAUUUACUAUAUCAUAUUUUCUAUCAUCAUGUUAUGUAUAUGUGCGAACCUGUACUUCCAUGAUGUGGGAAGGUGAGGCUGCCGAGGAGAAAAGACUUUUACCAGGACUCUUCAAAACUAUACAUUAGGACAGCGAAUAACUCUUGGAAAAAGUAUGCUGAAGAAUCUUCUACAGAAGUCUGGUACAUGAUUUUCAUGUUAAUUAUAAAUCUAAAUUCCCUUUUGCAAAGGAAACAUUUACUUUUUUUUUAAGGAGCUAAUAUUGCACUUAAAACAUUCCAACCCUCAAAUAGCACAAGUAAUUUUCACUUUUGAAAUUAAAAAUUUUUUUACAAUUGCAUGGCUCAAAAUCUUGCAUUUUAAGACAAAUAUUCUUUUAUUUCUGUUAAACUGAAUAUACAAUUAUUGUUCCCUAGGCAACCAACUUUUGUUCAUAACUACAAUUUCACGUUAACAAAACAGACAGUGAAAAGACAACUUUGAUUAUGAAGAUCUAAUUACAGUAAUAAAUAAAAUAAUUUAUACAA